AUGCAGUGUUAUACAGAACUAUUACCCCCAACAGGGGUCACUCAUGCCGUGGCAGCUUCUUUCAUCUCCGCAACUGCCAACAAUUUGAUUGUUGUUAGAACAUCCCUAUUGCAGGUGUUCUCUCUGGUCAAAACCUCGUCAAAAUCAUCCAAGGAAGGGCCAGAACUUUUUUCUUCGCAGUUUUCUCAGCCAGAAACAAAAUUAGUGCUCGAAAAAGAGUACCCGCUUUCUGGAACCGUGACAGACUUGAGCCGGGUCAAAUUAUUGAACACUAAGAGUGGUGGAGAGGCUAUCAUCAUCGCUGUUCGCAAUGCCAAACUCAGCUUGAUCGAGUGGGAUCCAGAGCGCAACGGAAUUUCAACUAUUUCCAUCCAUUAUUAUGAACGGGAUGAUCUGACCCGCAGUCCCUGGGUACCGGAUCUCAGCCGGUGUGGCAGUAUUCUCAGCGUUGACCCGAGCAGUAGAUGUGCGGUGUACAACUUUGGCAUUCGGAACCUUGCCAUCCUGCCAUUCCACCAAGAGGGUGAUGACCUGGUAAUGGAUGAUUACGACCCGGAUUUUGAUGGAGAACGCCCUAACCAAGGCUCCGACAAAGAAAUUGGACAGAGCAAAGAUGGACAGGCGCAUCAAACGCCAUACGCUCCAUCUUUCGUUUUGCCAUUAACUGCCUUGGAUCCUUCUUUGCUUCACCCCAUAAGUCUUGCAUUUUUGUACGAAUAUCGAGAGCCGACGUUCGGCAUUCUGUACUCCCAAGUUGCAACAUCUACCGCUCUUCUGCAUGAGAGAAAGGAUGUGGUAUUCUACGCUGUUUUCACGCUGGACCUUGAGCAGCGAGCAUCUACAACUCUUCUCUCCGUGUCUCGUCUUCCGAGUGAUCUAUUCAAGGUCGUGGCCUUGCCACUUCCGGUGGGAGGUGCAUUACUUCUUGGAUCCAAUGAAAUCGUGCACGUCGACCAAGCUGGCAAGACUAGUGCAGUGGGGGUCAAUGAGUUCUCCAGACAGGUUUCCGCAUUUUCAAUGACCGACCAGUCAGACUUGGGAUUUCGUCUUGAAGGCUGUGUGGUUGAGCGACUCGGUGGUGAUAGUGGGGACCUGAUCCUAGCGCUUGCAUCUGGCGAUACAGCAUUGAUCAAAUUCAAACUUGACGGACGGUCUGUGUCUGGCAUGACUGUUCAUCUCCUUCCAAGAAAUGCAGGAGGGAAUAUUCUGAAGUCGGCUGCCUCAUGCUCUACUUGUUUUGGUGAUGGAAACGUGUUCCUUGGAAGCGAAGAUGCAGAUUCAGUGCUUCUUGAGUGGUCUCACGCAUCGGCCGCUUCUAGAAAGGCUCGCCUUGAGUCAAAGCAAGCAACCGACGGAAUUGAUGACCUUUCGGACGAUGACCAGAUGGAUGAUGAUGAUCUUUAUUCCUCGGUGCCAGGGUCGACACAAGCCGGUCACCGCAUGGGGGGAAGUGACAGCUCAAUUCCCGAGUACUACAAUCUCCGAUUGAACGACCAGCUUCCUAGCAUUGGACCUUUGAGAGACAUCACUUUGGGCAAAACUUCUCCAAAGGUAAACGAAAAGACCGGAGCUACAAAUGAAGGAGUUGCAGCUGAAUUAGAGCUGGUGGCAUCUCAGGGUUCAGGACGAGGCGGUGGCCUGGUUGUCGUCAAGCGUGAACUCGACCCUUUGACGAUCAUGUCCCUGACAGUUGACGAUGCAGAUGGUGUUUGGUCAGCCAGAAUCACACAGGGCAAAGGAGCACUCAACACCACCCCCGAAAGCCCCCACCGUCAAUACGUGAUUAUUUCGCGGCCUUCGGGGUCAGAGCAAGAAGUAAACGAUGUUUAUGUAGUGGAAAACCAAGGCUUGAAGCCUUUCAAGGCUACUGAAUUCAAUCCGAACGAGGAUUGCACGAUCGAUAUCGGAUCAUUGGCAGGAGAUACUCGUCUGGUUCAAGUCCUGCGAAACGAAGUCAGAAGUUAUGACAUAGACCUGGGGCUCUCACAGAUAUAUCCAGUCUGGGAUGAAGACACCAGCGAUGAGCGUGUGGCUGUGAGCGCCAGCUUUGUUGAUCCUUAUCUCGUGAUCAUUCGAGAUGAUGCAUCUGUGCUACUUCUGCAGGCGGAUGAGAGUGGUGACCUUGAUGAGGCUCCACUGCCAGAUGAAAUCAGCCAGUCUCAAUGGCGCUCAUGUUGUCUAUAUCAUGAUAAAACCCAGGCAUUUAACUUCACGGCGGACCCAUCCUCGGAAACCCGAUCAGGAAGUGAAGUGCUUCUAUUUUUAUUGAACUCGGAAUGCAAGCUUUCGAUAUUCCGACUGUCUGAUAUGCAGCUACUCGCUGUCAUUGAAGGUGUCGACUGCUUAUCUCCCGUCCUGUCGGUCGAGCCUCCCAAACGAUCUAACAUUCGGGAGACUGUUACAGAAUUUGUCGUUGCGGACCUUGGCGAUCCCUCGAUUCUUUCUCCUUAUCUAAUUCUUCGAACCGACACCGAUGAUCUUAUCUUUUACAAACCAAGCUUCGUCUCGACCAAUAAUGAUGGUGAACCGUUCCGUCACCUGCAAUUCUUCAGGGAGCCAAACAGUGUUCUUCCGAAGAAUCCUUCGGGAGAGACAUUCUCACAAACAGAUGGCCAACAGCGUUUCAGGCCUCUGAGAGUUCUUCCCAAUGUCUCAGGGUUCAGCACGGUCUUCAUGCCGGGAGCCUCGUCAAGCUUCAUCUUCAGAACGGCAAAAAGCUCACCACACAUAAUCCGUCUUCGGGGAGGCUUUACAACAUGGCUGAGCAGCUUCGACUCGGCCGACACUGGCUGUGAAAGUGGUUUCAUCUACUUGGAUUCUCAGAACUGCAUACGGGCUUGUCAACUACCUCCACAGACUCAGUUUGACUACUCAUGGACAUUGCGCCAAGUUCCACUUGAAGAACAGGUUGAUUUCUUAGCUUAUUCAACAUCUUCUGAGACUUACGUUCUCGGAACCAGCCGCCUAGCAGACUUCAAGCUACCAGAAGCCGAUGAUUUGCACCCUGAGUGGCGCGGUGAAGAGCUAUCGUUUUGUCCCAAGAUCCCCGAAAGUUCCAUUAAGGUCAUGAACCCCAAGACAUGGACCGUCGUUGACAGUUACCCCUUGGAUCCUGAGGAGCAGAUCACAGCAGUGAAAAACGUGAACAUUGAGAUCUCCGAAAACACACAUGAGCGUAAGGAUCUUAUCGUCGUCGGAACCGCCAUUGCCAAGGGUGAAGAUAUGCCGUCCCGUGGAACGAUCUACGUUUUCGAUGUGAUCAACGUGGUCCCGGAUCCCGAAAGGCCUGAGACGGGCCGCAAACUAAAGCUGAUUGGGAAGGAAUCCGUCAAGGGCGCAGUGACCGCGUUAUCUGGCAUCGGCGGACAGGGAUUCAUCAUCGUGGCCCAAGGACAAAAGUGCAUGGUUCGAGGUCUCAAAGAAGAUGGAAGCCUCCUUCCCGUUGCUUUCAUGGACAUGCAAUGCUACGUGAAUGUCGCGAAAGAGCUCAAAGGAACAGGCAUGUGCAUCCUAGGCGAUGCCGUGAAAGGCCUCUGGUUCGCCGGCUAUUCCGAAGAACCCUACAGAAUGACCCUCUUCGGCAAGGACCCCGAAUACCUAGAAGUAGUCGCUGCAGACUUCCUCCCAGACGGAAACAAGCUGUACAUGCUAGUCGCCGACAGCGACUGCAACCUCCACGUCCUUCAAUAUGACGCGGAAGACCCCAAAUCCUCUAACGGCGACCGCCUCCUUAGCAGAAGCAAGUUCUACACCGGCAACUUCGCAUCAUCAGCAUUCCUGCUACCCCGCACACCCGUUUCAUCCGAGCUAACCGACUCCUCAGAAGCGGCAAUGGACAUGGACGAAACACAUGCCACACACCAGGUCCUCGUCGCCUCACACAACGGCUCCCUGGCACUUGUGACUUCCGUCGCAGAGGAAUCCUACCGCCGACUAUCAGCGCUGCAAUCACAGCUCAUCAAUACAGUUGAGCACCCCGCUGGAUUGAACCCGCGUGCUUUCCGCGCAGUAGAGAGCGAUGGCGCUGCAGGCCGGGGAAUGGUCGAUGGGAACUUAUUACGUCUAUGGCUGAAUAUGGGCAAGCAGCGACAGUCGGAGAUUGCGGGCCGGGUUGGCGCAACUGGGUGGGAGAUCAAGGCUGAUUUGGAAAGUAUCGGUGGUGACGGAUUUGGAUAUCUAUGA